UUUAUCAUAAUGUCUACUUUUAUAAAUUAAUUUUUUUUCAUAAUUUUACUAACUUUUAAUUAAAAAUAUUAAUCGUCAAAGUUGGAUCUUGACAAAUGUGCAAAUCCAACUCUAACUUAUUUUAGAAAAACCGUCGUAUCUUUGAAAACAUUUUAAUAGUGGUUUAGAUAUUUGACUAAACAUUUUUUUUCCCCGGAGGUCAUUGAAAAAUUAAAUGCUCAAACGGAAAAAACUUACAUAGACUUGAUCCAUAAUAAAAAAAACUGUGGACCUAAGGUUUAUAUGCUCGUUAUUAAAUUAUAUUGAAAAUAGUGACCUUAUAUAGUAACCAUAAUUUUAACAUGGUAACCUUUAUUAUAACUUGUGUGACCUUUAAUAUUAUUGUGAACUUAAAGCACGACAUUAUGUUUAACAUAGUUACCUUUAUUAUUCAAAUUGAUCGUAUAUAAAAAAUUACAUUUAUAGCCUUUAUAAUGCCAAUUUAACUUUUAUUUACGAAUAAUAACUUUUAAUUUAAUAUGGUGACCUUUUUAUUUAUUUUUUUUAAAUUAGUAAAACAGCUAUAGUGUCUCUAAUGUUAGUGGUUUACAAUAAAUUAGAGUGAGUCAUGUCUAUUUAAGAGUUUGUAAAGUAAAUAUACUCAAUAAUUUAUAAUUAGAGAAGCAAAAUUGGUUGGUAAAAUCCCUUUGCAAUCCUCUUUGAAAGGAUUUAUUUCCUUAAAACUUGUGUAAUAGAAUCCUCUCAUAUUCUCACAUUAGCAGAUGAUCUAUGUUCACAUUAUAAACAACUGAGUUUUACCUAUAUGAAAUCUCACAUUUUUGAAAUAAUUAUAGUGAUAUCUCAAAAGAUAUAUAGUUUAUCCAAACUAGUUGUCAGUGUGAAUCUGAGUUGGCUGAGAUUUAGUAUUACCUUAGACUAAGAUGGCCAAGACUACCAUUUUUAAGAAGGAAAAAAAAAAAUAAUGAAAUUUGAGCUCCCUCUUUAUUAUUAAAUUGUUAUUUAAGUACUUCUAAUUCACAACUCAGUCCUUAAAAUUAAAAUUAUUAGACAGAAAAUUUAAAUAUAAUUCUAAAAUAUCUAAUAAAUGUUUAUAAAGAGAAACUUGCAAUUAAAACUCCUUUUUGUGAUUGAAAAUAUAAAAUGAAAUAAAAAAAAUAGAGGGAUCAAUAAGUUAUUAAUUUUAUUAUAAGACAAGGAAUGGCAGCAUAUUUGGGGUGAUUCAAGGCAUUAGGAGAGUCCCCCCUAUAAAUAUACUAGUAACCUACCCAAAGCCCAUCACAUUUCUAAAGCUAAGCCAACAGAAUUCACUUAAAGAUACAUAUAUUUUUUUCCUCCUCAAAAGAGAGUACAUUUCUUUGCUCACCAUGGCUGAGAAUAUGAUUGAGAGAAAAACUAGGGGAAGGCAAAAGGUGCCCAUGGUGCGCAUGGAAAAAGCUACCAAUCGCCUAGUUACUUUUUCCAAGCGUCGUUCCGGCCUUUUUAAGAAGGCUAGUGAAUUGUGCACCUUAUGUGAUGCACAAGUUGCAGUCAUUGUUUUUUCUCCAGGAAAAAAGGUCUUCUCUUUUGGCCACCCUUCGGUUGAUGCUGUCAUCAACCGUUAUUUAAUGGUCAACACUAAUCUCAACAAUGCUAACAAUAAUGCUGGAAGUUUAGGGUCUUGUAUUGAUACAAGUCUCUUAAACUUGCAAAUUACCAACAACAACAACCAUGCUGAUUCGGAGAGGAAGCGGGGUGAAGGAAUUCUUAAAGAACGAGAGGGAAGGGAGGAAGAUUUCUUGUGGAUAAGCCCAAUUGACGCUAAUUGCUUUGAAGACCUAAAAAAGAUUGAAAAGUCAAUAGCAAAGGUUAUGAAUGAUGCAUACGCAAAACAUCAUCAUUGUCUUCUUAGGGCUAAACAAGCAAGGGCUAUUAUGGGACUUGCCUGUACUUCUCCACCAGAAAUGGUGGAAGGGCAGAACCCUAUUGCAACCCCUUAUGGGGGUCUCCCUCAUCCAUGGUUUAUGGUCCCAACUAACUUGGUUGAUGGCCAUAAUAAUGACCCAUCUCAAAUGACAAUGAUGAUCUCAUCUCCCAUGGGAGGAGUUGCAGAUCCAUCAUUAACAAUUGGGCCAAAUAUAUAUAUUAAUCACCUUAAUACAAAUUCUAAUGUUGUUGCUAAUGUUAAUGCAGGACGCUCGAUGCCAAACCCCAUAAGUUUGGGUUAUUCUACCCCAAAUUUUAUGCCAUCUUUCCUAGGGGAAAACAAUCCCAUGGAAGGUGGCCAAUUUGACGGGCAUCCGCCUUUGCCACCAUAUCCCUUGGAAGGCAAUCAAUUCGGUGGGCAUCCUCCUUUGCCAUCAAUAAAUCCCAUGGAAGGUGGUCAAUUUGGUGGGCAUCCUCCAUUGCCAUCAAUGAAUCCCAUGAUAGGUGGUCAGUUUGGUGGGCAUCCUCCUUUGCCACCAAUGAAUCCCAUGAAUGGUGGUCAAUUUGGUGGGCAUCCUCCUUUGCCACCGAAUAUGGCGGAUAUGGACCCUAUGCCAAGUAAUAUCCAGACUUUCACUCCUUCACAAUUUGGGGUAGGAAGUGGCGCAAAUGUCCCGGUUAAUUAUCCGAGUGGGUUUGGAUUUGGUUAUGACAAGUUUCACUAGUUUCCUAGAUCUACCCCUGGGGGGGGGGGGUUUCAAGAGUAGCAAGGGAGAAGGGAACAUGUUUUGUCUACAGUAGCUCAUGCCUGGGGAUGAAGCAUUAACACCCAGCACUAUUGCAACUCUCAUGGAUCUUCCUAUAUCUUUCAUGGAAGCUAGGGUAGUUCUGGAGGCUUUAUGUUUGUUUUAUCUAUCCCUGUAUUGCCCAUGCAGAUUAUAUGCUAGGGCUUUAUGUUUUAUUUCUGUUCGUUUCUUGAUGCAAUGUAGUGUUUGUUGUCUUUAGUUUCUUCUAGUUUUCAAGUGCAAUGUAGUGUUUGCAGAUUAUAUGCUAGUGCAAUGUAGCUCUCUCUAUGCUUUAAUGAAAGUUAUACAAUUAUCUUCACCAGCUGUAUUAAUUAGAUUCGAUCUAGCAAUUUAUCUUCUCAUAAUUUGCUUAUUAAAAUGCCAAAAAAAAUGGAAUAUAUUGGCACUCUAAAAUGCAGGAAUUACCAUAUCUCUGUAAAUUAUGAAUUAUAGAACAAUUGUGGAACAUUAUCAUGGUAAACUGAUUCACACAUAAAUUGGCCCAGGUGUAACCUUCUACCAUGAGAAAACUUAAUUGAUGAGCAGAAAUGAAGUGUUGG